AUGGAGACAUCCAAGAUGCGCGAGCUGUACGCCACGCUGCUCAAGGACACGCUGGCGCUGGCCGAGACGGUCAAGCCCACGCGGGCACUUCAUGAGUGCUGCGGCUCGGCGCUGGCGAACCUGCUCAACCUCUUGUCAAUUGGCGAGUUCAUCAAGGCUGUGGAGAACCUCAUGGACAAGACGGAAAUUGACCUGCGACGCAAGGUGCUGCGGGCGCUCGAGGUGCGCGUCGAGCAGGAGGGCACGGCGGACGCGACAUCACGGGCGGCGCUGCUGGGCUUCCUGCCGCAGCUGACGGCGGCCAUUCGCGACACGGACGAUCUCAAGUACAAGCACACGGCGGUGGCGUGCGUAGACAAGAUUGCGGAGAAGUACGGCAAGAAGGACCUCGAGGCGGUGGCGGCGGCGGCAGCGACCAUUGCCGGGCCCUCGUGCCUCGGCCAGCCCGACACGCAACUGCGCGUUAUGACGCUACUCUGCCUGGCGUCCCUCGUGGACGUGCUCCAGGACGGCAUCCUGCCGGUGCUCGCGCUGGCGGUUCCGCAGGCGAUUCUGUAUAUCCGCCAGAGCCUCGAGGCGGAGGAUGGCGACGACCAGAGCAGCGACCUGCACAACGCGGGCUACUCGUUCAUCACGGCGCUGGCACAGCACCUGCCGUACAUGGUGACGGGGGCCUAUCUCGACCAAGUGCUCCUGGCGUCCAACGCGUCAGCGGAAGCGGACCUCGACGACGACGCCAGCGACAGCCGGCUCAACUGCGUCCGCUUCCUGGCGCGCAAGGUGGAGCCCAAGGUUUUCUUCGCGGGUCUCGAGCGCAACUGGGAGGCGGCGGUCGCAGCUGGAAACGAGGCGCCGGCGCACUUUGGCGGUGUCGCAGGGGUGCUCACGGGCCAGCUCACGCGGGCCGGCGGUUCCGACAAGCUGGAUGUCGGGGCACACCUCAUCCCGGCCCUCAUCGAGCUCGCGAGCGCGGCGGAUUCGGCGGACCACCAGAAGGAGCUCAACACGGCGGUGCUCAAGCACCUGCGGGACGAGCGUGCCGGCGUCAGGCUGGCGGCGGUCAAGUGCCAGCAGGCGCUCACGGACAAGCUGGGCGAGGAGUGGCUGUCAGCGCUGCCGGAAAUGCUGCCUUACAUCAGCGAGCUCCAGGACGACGACGAUGAGGCCGUGGAGAGGGAGACGCACCGGUGGAUCGUCAAGAUUGAGGGCGUGCUGGGUGAGAGUCUUGACUCGAUGCUGCAGUAA